UGAGCUAUCACUGAGAUGAGCAGUCGGAGAAUUGUAGUUUUAAAUGCUUCCGAACUACACUUUUCAUAACAACAUGGAAAAGCUUUUUGACGGAGGUGGGGCUUGUCGAAUGGUUUCACAGAGCGAGUUCUAAUUUUGUUUUUAAACAGAAACAAGUGUUCUGAUAUCUUAGGAGAAUGAUCUUCAUUAGAGUCUCUUCUUUCUACAGAAAUAGAAAGGUGGUUGAUUAUUCACAGUUUCAGGAAUCUGAUGAUGCUGAUGAAGAUUAUGGAAGAGAUUCAGGGCCUCCAGCUAAGAAAAUUCGGUCAUCUCCCCGAGAAGCUAAAAAUAAGAGGCGAUCUGGAAAGAAUUCACAGGAAGAUAGUGAGGACUCCGAAGAAAAAGAUGUGAAGACCAAGAAGGAUGAUUCUCACUCAGCAGAGGACAGUGAAGAUGAAAAAGAAGAUCAUAAAAAUGUGCGCCAGCAACGGCAGGCAGCCUCUAAAGCAGCUUCCAAACAGAGAGAGAUGCUCAUGGAGGACGUGGGCAGCGAAGAAGAGCAAGAAGAGGAAGAUGAGGCACCGUUCCAAGAGAAAGAUUCCGGCAGCGAUGAAGAUUUCCUCAUGGAAGAUGAUGAUGAUAGUGACUAUGGCAGUUCAAAAAAGAAAAACAAAAAGAUGGUUAAGAAGUCCAAACCUGAGAGAAAAGAAAAGAAAAUGCCCAAACCCAGGCUAAAGGCUACAGUGACUCCAAGCCCUGUGAAAGGCAAAGGGAAGGUGGGUCGCCCCACAGCUUCCAAGGCAUCAAAGGAAAAGACUCCUUCUCCCAAAGAAGAAGACGAGGAACCAGAAAGCCCUCCAGAAAAGAAACCCUCUGCCAGCCCUCCACCUGAGAAAUCUGGGGAUGAAGGGUCUGAAGAUGAAGCCCAGUCUGGGGAGGAUUAAAAAAGUGAUGAUGGUUUGGGGAGAGAUUUUAUUAAAAAAAAAAAGAGAAAAAAAAAAAGAAAAAAGAAAAAGGGGGAAAAAAAACUUACUUAAGAUAGAACAUGGUUUUGGCUAUGGCUUGACUCAUGGGCUUUCAAUGCUUUUUCCCUUUUCUUGAAAAUAACAUUCUCUGUCUUUCUCUCUCUCUCUCUCUCUCUUUUUUCCAAGAAAACCAUUGUAUGUUUAAUUUACUUUUUUGUCUUUUGGUCUUUUCUUUGCCGUCACCCCUCUUUCCCACCCCUUCCUAAUGAAAGCCAUGUCAAAGUAAUCACUGGAUUGACUGCUUCAUCUUUUUAUUUUUAAUGGAAGGUAUACCACAGUUGUAAAGCAAUAAGAUUUGAGGUGAACGCUAUGGAAAUUUUGCUUUUUGCUAAACGGUAGCAAGUUGAACCCUAAUCAAAAAACAUAGAAGGGGUUUAGUUAAAAAUGAUUGCUUCUUUCUCUACCUGGACUUAAAAAAAUCAGUUGUCAUCUAAUACAAGUUUAUAUGUCUAUAUACACAAGUAUAGAUGUCUACAAAAAAUCAUGAUGUUACACUUCCACUGAUGGGGCAGGUAGGAGAUAAAGCUGAAUGCUGAAUUCUGAAUUGUUACUAAAAGUAUUCGUAUUUUUUACCGAGGGAGCAGGGCAGGGAAUGGGGUCACCUGACCUUGUGUGAGGGGGUGGGUUUGUUUUGUUUUGUUUUGUUUUGUUUUGUUUAAUUCCGUCACCUGUUAUCUCAAAGAGACCGGGAGCCAGUGAUCCUUUUACCCUGCUACAGUCUUUCAGGAACUUUAAAAAAAAAAAAAAAAGCAAACAAAAAAACACAAGGGCCACCAAAACUUAAGUCACUCUUGAUUUCCUAUUUCAUUCUCUAGUGGUUCAUGUUUUUAAAUAUAUAUGUAUCUAUUCUGUUUCUUGGAUAAAAUUUUACCAAGGAUCAAAAAACCCCACAAAAAACAAAAACAAACCUAGAAUUUAAAUGGCAAGAUCUAUA